AUGCCCACUGUAACAUCGGUCACUCAGGCCAAGAUAACCAAUUUUGGGCCACUAACAACAACCUAUACGGCGCCAGCAUCAUGUGCCACAGCAACAAACCACCUUUACUUGGCUGAUUAUAGCGACAAGCCCGAAUAUCUCUGGGCUUACCCUACCUGCACAAUGCAGCUGUAUGGGAAAUGCAUACCGUCCGGAGAUCAAUACGAUCAUCUCAUCACAGCAACAUAUGCCAAGACCCUUGACAUUGGCUUUUAUCAUUAUUACUCACCGGGCCUAUAUUGCCCUUCUAACUGGACAACCGCUGGGAAAUAUGUCAAAGGAAAUGGAGGCACUGCACAGAUAUCGGGGGAUCUAACCAAGACGGAAUCAGGAAUCGUGCCGGCCAGGUGGGAGCCAGGUCGGCCAUUCCCUACAGAUCCGACAAGUGUUUGGAAACAGGUCUUGGAACCAUCAGAGACACUAGCUGUUUGUUGCCCAAGCGACUACACGCUUGACUUUAAUGGAAACUGCUACUCAGUACUUGGUCCAAUGUCUUCGUACGGAUACACAGAGAUAUGCGGGUUUCUAAAACCGACCAGCGUGGUACCCAUGACAAGCAUGAGAGGAGACUUUCCUGUUGAAAUCUAUACACAACCUAUUCCUCUAGCAACAUUUACACGGGACUUGCAGACAGGAGAAUUGAAGGGAGACGACAUUGUUGUAACAAGGGUUCCAGCAGUGGCGCUUAUUCAUCAGGAAUCGGAUUUCACCAAAGCUAGUAAAGAAGAUGGUACUAAAGAGAACUCGGCACAGAGUAUGAAUGAGAGCAGUUGCGCUAUGCUCCUGUUCGUAAUGGCGAUGAUUAUAACACUUGUAAUAUCCGGGUAG